AUGCUGAAUUCGCUAUCUCCUGUGAUCAUCGCUGGUUCCAUGGUCCCCGACAUACCAUCAUUUGAGUGGGAUAGUUGGGCCCAGGAAACACUUCUUCUGCAAAGUCUGCGGUCUGAGUUGGCAGCCUUGCGCCCACAUAAGACUAUGAGCAGCAGUAGCAAAGGAGAUGGGUCGGGGAAAAAACGAGAGCCCCGCCCUGCGAACAGGAAGGUUUCUUCUCUAUCUUCGGAGCAGCUGGAGCGAAAACGCGCCAAUGACAGAGAGGCACAACGACUUAUUCGCCAACGAACGAAAGACAAUAUUGAGCAGCUCGAGAGUCAAGUCGCCAAGCUGCAAAAUCAAGUGAACGAGAUGCAGCCACGAUGCGAUCAAUUUGACGAAAUGCUGAGGCAUAACGCAGCUCUAGAAAGUGAAGUGCGUGACUUAAGGCAACAAAUGGCUACCCUGACGCAGCGAGCUAGCUUCCCAGAUCGUGAUGCGAGGAUUAGUGCCUAUGUUGAUGGUUGGCCUAUGGAGGAAAUAUCACAGAAUACAACAUCCGGUAUCUCCUUGGUGCCCUCUGCACAAUUCUCUGGGUCAUCUCAUCAGACAUCGAAUAUGCCUCGGGCGGCCCCUCCUGCUCCGGCAUUAGCAUCAAAUCGCUCCUUUCAUCCAAACGCCUGGCCAACAUUCAACACCAAUACAAGAUCACGUUCACUGGGCGAUUGUUCCAAUCCAGAUCCAUCGUCAUAUGUGAUCGACGGACAGCCACAUCAAGGCUCACGUCUAGUACCGCCGUCUCUUUCUGUGGCAGUUCCUCGAAGUAACCAUGGUAGUCAGACCAGCUCACCGAAUCUGCAACGACCCGAGCCUCUAUAUCCUCAAUCUGCAUUCCAACGAUCUAUGCCAAUGUCAAUACUAAGCCCCAACCAAGCUUCCUCUGUCCAAUCUUACCAGGCAGCACCGUCAGAUCAAACCUCAUUAAAUCAGAAUCCACAAGGAAAUCAAACAUAUCAGUACGGUACUUGGGCCCCUGAGUCAUGA